AUGACCGUUCCAGACUCCGCCGAGCCGAGCGGCGCCUCCGGGGGCGUCCUCGGCGGCUCCCUGCAGCCCACCACGUCCGCGGCGUCAGGUCAGACUGCGAAGAAGAAGUCGGGCGGGCAGCGGAAGACCCCCGCGCAGCUGGCCGUGCUCGAGGCGCACUUCGCGACGGACAAGAACCCGUCCAAGGGCGUCCGCGAGAACCUGGCGGCCGAGACCGGCCUCGAGGUCGAGCAGGUCGCGCGCUGGUUCCAGACGCGUCGGAAGCGCGAGCGCGACACAAAGGCAAAGGAGGCCGUGCGCGCGCAGCUGGCGGGCGAGGGCGCCGCGGGCGAGGACGAGAAGGUAGCCGCUGGACCGGCGAUCGUCGCGCCGGAGGUGGCCGCGGCGGAGCAGACGGCUGCGUCGCUGGCGGCACGCGCCGCAACCGCCGCCGACAAAAAGGAGGCCGCGCGGCUGGAGCGGGAGCGCGCGAAGCUGGAGAAGCAGGUGGCGCGGCAGCGGGAGCGGCUGGAGAAGGCGCGGGUGAAGGAGGAGGCGCGGUUGGCGCGGGAGCGGGAGCGGGCGGAGGCGCGGAUGGCAAAGGCGCGGGAGAAGCUGCAGAAGCAGAAGGCGAAGGAGGAGCAGCGGGCGCAGCGAGGGGAGGAGAAGGGGGCGCGGCGUGGGGGGCAGGGGGGCGAGGGACGGGCUGCGUGGAUGGGCGGGCGGAGGCCGGCGUUGCCGGACGAUCUGGAGCUGGAGGCGGAGGAGCUGAAGAAACGGCACCAGGCGUUGGUGCAGGCACAGCUGGAGCGCAUCGCGGGCGGCGCGGAGCCCACAGCGGAGCAGCGGGCGCAAGCGCUCGCCAGCGUGCCGGCCCCCACGCCCGUCGAGCUCCCGCCCGCCUACCUGGAAGCGCGGCCGCUCGCUGAGUCGCCCGGCUGGUCCGAGCUCGCCCACGCCGUGCGAUCGACUCCCCAGCCGCCCCCCACGUGGACAGACUCUGACACCAACGUCUUCGACACAGCGGCGGGGGGGGUGUUUUUUGUUUGGUCGAUCGUGUCGACCUUCGGAGCAUCCUUCGGCGCACCGGCCUGCGCGCCGGCGCAGCUCGCGGCGGCGUUCGUGCAGGGCCAGGCGUCCCCGCUGUUGUCGGGCAUCGCUGUGGGAGCGUUGCGGAGCGUGGCGGGCGACGCGGAGCGGUGCGCGGCGUCGGGCGCGGCGCAGGCCGGGGCGCUCUCUGCGGAUGCGGACCGGCGCGCGGCGUACAUCGGUCUGGAGGCCCGUGCGUGGGGGUUGGACCCUGCUGCCUGGGAGGGCACAACCGACGCGCUGACGUGGCCGGAGAUCCUGCGUCAGGUGGCGCUCGCGUCCGGGGCCGGUCCACGGCGCAGGGGCGCCGGGCGGGGGAAGGGUCCCGCAUGGACGGCGCACGGUGUGGGUGCGGCAGCGCACGUGGGUGCGAGCGCUGUGGGGGGCGCGUUCGAGGAUCUGGUGGACGACGGGGCGGGCGGGAAGCGGCUGGAGUGCCCCAGGAGGUUUCGGGCGGGGUCGAUCAAGCACGCGAUGUGGCACGUUCUGUCAAAGGUCGGACCCGAGGGCAUGCGAACCCGGCAGAUUGUUCGUGAGAUGAGGAAUGCUGGUCUGGCCAGCGUCACGAAGUCGAAGACUCCCGAGGUGUCCGUGAACGGCGCGGCGCUGAAGGACUCGGUGUUUCACAAGGUCAAGCCCGGGGUGUGGGCACUGUCGUCGGUCGUGAAGGGCUCGGAGGCCGGCGGGAGCAGGAGAGGCGUCGAAGGCCACGACGGCAGUCGAGGAAACGCGACUUCCGACAAGGCGGGCAACCAGGACGAUGCCGAGAAGGGCAACGACGGCGCGCACAGCGACGGAAUCGACUCGAGCGGCACCGACACGGACAACGAAGAGACGGAAGGCCACACCCUCACGCGCCGCUGGCGCCACGCCCCGUGGGCCGCAAACCUCCUGCGAUGCGACUUCGACGACCUGCCGGUGCUGCGGCGCAUCGAGGCGAUCGAGUGGCUCUGCCAGCUGCUGCUCGAGGUCCCCACCGUACGCGCGGAACUCGAUGCGAGGGAGGAGGAAGCUGCGCGGCUGCGGCGGAUCCGGCUCGAGGAGUCCCGGCGGCUGCGAGGGUUGAGCGCGAGCCUCGCGGUGCAGCUGGACGCCGCGCGGCGGCGCAGGGACGCCGCGGCGGGCGUCGCGCGGCAGCUGGGGGCGGCGGGCGUCAACGUACGCGCGCCGCUGACGCAGGACGCGAUCCGGCUGGCUGGACAGGCCGCAGUGGAGCUUGGCUGGUCUGACAAGGUCGAGUCCGCCGCGGGGGGGGCGCGUGCGGCGCGGCAGUGGGACGAGCGGCUCGCAGCGUGGAUGGCAGGCGUCGGGGACCAAGUGGGCAAUGCGGUUCGCGCGCAGCGCGACGCCGUGGACGCGACGGUGUUCACAGCAGCGGCGGAGAUCGCUGCGGACGCGGGCGGCGGCGUCGAGGGCGAAGCGGCGGCUGCGGCGCACCUGAGCAGGCCUGACGUCAUCAACACGCAGGUGGAGCUCGGGCGCCGCCAACGCGAAGCCGCGGCAGCCGUGCGCGCGGGCCCGUGGCCGCGGCCACCGGACGACGCGGCGGCCUCGACGGCGCCCUCCGCUGCGCAGCUCGUCGCUGAAGACGAGGCUGCCGUUGCGGAGCUGGAAUCGAAGGAGCGCGCGGCGCAGGCCGAGCUUGACACCCUCGCGGAGGCCAUCAACGCGCGGCUGGCGUCGUCGGCGCUCGCCGUGCGCGAGCGCGAGCUCGGCUGCGACCGUCGCGGGAACCGGUACUGGGCGCUGCCAACUGGGGUGCACAGCGGCAGGCGCGCAGGGGUCGUGGAGCUGCCGCGGGCCGGGGCGCACGGCACGCGCUGGCUCGCGCUUCCGGAGCCCGACCGGCUGAAGCGGAUGGCGGAGGAUGCUCUGGACGACAGGGGCGCGCGCGAGAGCGUGUUGUGUGCGUCGAUCCGCGCACUGCCGCGCCUCGCGCCGGCUGGGGCGGCCGUCGACGAGGACGUGCCGCUACCGGAGCCGCCGCUGCCGAGCGAGCGUCUCCGCGCUCUGCUUCACCACCCGCCGCCGUCGGGGGUCACACCCCCCAAGGAGGACUUGCGGGCAGGGGGGGUGUUUCGCGACGCGGCGGUCGCGGCCAUCGCGAGGCGGCUGCGUGCCGCAGCGGCGCGCCUGCCGGCUUCAGCCUUCCCGGAGGGCUUCGUUCGCGGCGUGUGGGAGGAGGAGGUGUCCGCCGCCACGUCCCCCGGGGCCCUCAUCGGAUGCCUCACUGCGCUCGAGGCGGCGGUCGGCGGCGGCGACUGGGCGCACCCCAGCCUGAUCGUCGGCACGCCCGGCAAGGAACAGCCCGUCGUCGGCCGCGCGUGGGCGACGCGGCAGUGGGGAUUCUACGACUUCAUGGAGCCGCCGCACUCCGCGCCGCCGACCGGCCCAGCGCCGUGGCGCGGCGUGCGCCUGCCGUCGAAGCGCCCGAGCGCCGCUGCUGCGCCGGACCCGGCGGAGCCGGCCGCGGAGGAUGCUGCGGGGUCGGAUGCGCCGCCUGCAACCGCGACGCCGCGGCAGCGCCACACGCUGGCGUGGCUGCCGGAGACGACCGCGGCCGCGGCGUGGCGCGCGGCGUUCGUGGACAGCGUCCUCGCGUUCCCGCGGGAGUCCUCGGGGGUGUUUGGUGACACGGAGAUCCUGAUGGCCGUGCGGGCGCUGAUGCCGCCGUUCAUACCCGAGAGGACUGCGUCAGGUGCCACGGUCGCAUACCCAGCGCUGUCCAGCCAGGCGGCGCCGCUGCUGUCGGACGACGGGCGCGUGGUGGAGAGCGUGCGGCCGUCGGAUGCGUUCCGGCGUCCCCCGCUCGCGGCAUCGUCCGGGCCUGCGCACAUCUGGAGCGUGCUUGGCAGUACGCCGGAGAUGCAGAGCGCGUACCUGACCGCGCCGUCCGCGGCGAUCGACGCGCCGCUGCCGCACUUUGCGUUCCCGGCGCUGCCAAAGCCGCAGCUGAAGCUGCCGCCGAGUGCGUUGCUGCCCAAGCCCGCGGCGACCAGCGCGGAGAAGAAGGAAGGCCCGAACCAGGAGGGAGGGCCGCCGGAGCUGAAGGUGCGCGCUUCGAAGGAGCUCGGGAGGAGCAGGGUUUCAGAGAUCGUCGCGGGCGACGACGACGGCCUGGACGAGGACCUCGACCUUCCCACGUCGCCCAGCUCCUCCGAACACGACCGCGGCGAACCCGACCCCGACUUCGACGCCGACAUGGACGAAGGCGGCCUCAGCCCGGACGCGUUCGCCGAGUCAGACCCCUCCGCGGAGCUCGACGACGACGAGAGCGACGACGACUCGGAUGUGUCCGAGUGGGGGGGGCGCUCGCGGCGUGGCCGCAACGCGAAGAAGCGGGCCGCGCCGACGCGCAGGUCGGCGCGCGGGGCGGCGGCUGCGCCGCAGCGGAAGCGGCCUGCGCGGGGAAAGCAGCAGAGCGCGGAGGUAUACGAGAGCCUGUCGGAGGCGUCGGCAGGGGGGGAGUCGGAGGAGGACUUUGACGACGCGUCGGACUUCAGCGACGAGUCGGACGGCGGGCGGCCGGCGAAGAAGGCGCGAGGGCGAGGCGCGGGCGCAGGCAGGGCUGCGGUACCUGCGCCACCGCGGAAGCCACCUGCGUCGGCCGACGGCGGAGGCUUCGACGACCUUCUCAACGGUAGCGGGAAGCCCGCAGCCGCCGGCGCGGCGCCGAAGCUCAAGCUCAAGACGAUCCCGCCGCCCGCGGCGGCGCCUGCGCUGCCAAAAUUCAAGAUCAAGGCGCAUGUGGUGUCGGCGAAGCCGGCUGGGGGCCGCAGGGUGAUCGACAGCGACUCGGACAGCGACGGCGACGCGGCGUUCGAGGGCUUGCUGGACUCGGAGUGA